AUGACAUUUGUUUAUGCAAAAUGCUCAGCAGUAGAGAGGCUGGAAUUAUGGGAUCAUUUGUAUUGUUUAGCAAGGGAUAUGGAGUUGCCAUGGUUGGUAGGAUGGGAUUUUAAUGUAUUGCUACAUGAAGAUGAGAAGAUAGGGGGACUCCUAGGACAUCCUUCUGAGUAUGAGGACUUUGCCUUUUGUAUCAAUUCAUGUGGCUUAUUUGAUCAAGGGUACAAAGAGAGACCAUUUACAUGGUGUAAUGCGAGACCUAAUGCACAAUAUUACCAAUGUUGUAAAGCCAUUCAGAUUUUUGAAUUUUUGACAAAGCAUGAUACAUUCAUGGAUGAGGUGAGGCAGAAUUGGGAAGCAAAUUUCAUUGGAGAUCUAUUUUUGAUGUUCAAGCAGAAGCUCAAGAAGGUGAAGGCAGCUCUUUCAAAAUGGAGUAGAAUAAUAUUUGGUGACAUCUUCAAGCAAUUGGCUAUGAUGGAAUACAUUGUCAGGGUGAAGGAGAUGUUGUUUGACGAUGAGCCUACAAUUGAGAAUAUUAAUAUCCUUCUAUUUGAACAGAUGUUGUAG